CUGCACUUUGUGAAUAGUCCGGCAGUCUUCUGGGACCUGUCAAGUCCGCAGUCACUGGUCAUCCCCUGUACUGUGUCCGCAGUCACUGGUCAUCCCCUGUACUGUGUCCGCAGUCACUGCUCAUCCCUGUACUGUGUCCGCAGUCACUGGUCAUCCCCUGUACUGUGUCCGCAGUCACUGGUCAUCCCCUGUACUGUGUCCGCAGUCACUGGUCAUCCCCUGUACUGUGUCCGCAGUCACUGGUCAUCCCCUGUACUGUGUCCGCAGUCACUGGUCAUCCCUUGUACUGUGUCCGCA